CCUUCACAGAGCCAUUCGCAAUGACUUCUUUCAGAGCUAUCUCUACCUGCUGGAAAAAAUUCCCCUGGAUCUGAUAAAUAUCUGUCAUUUUGGGAUUUCUUUUCAUUAGAUUCCUGGGUUAAUUUUAUCGUCUUUCGUCACAUAUCUUCUCUUGAUUUUAACCCUCAUUGGGCUGGAAUAUAGCUUCAAGAAACUUCUGAAGAAUGAAUCCAUGGGAGUGAAACUGUAUGCUUUAACAAGUCAAGUCAUCAAUGGUGAGAUGCAGUUCUAUGCCAGAGCUAAACUUUUCUACCAAGAAGUACCAGCUACAGAAGAGGGUAUGAUGGGAAAUUUCAUUGAACUGUCCAACCCAGAUAUCCAGGCCUCUCGGGAAUUUCUUAGAAAAUUUGUUGGGGGGCCUGGGAGAGCUGGCACGGACUGCGCCUUGGAUUGCGGCUCCGGGAUAGGAAGGGUCAGCAAGCAUGUCUUGUUGCCAGUUUUCAACAGUGUGGAGCUGGUGGACAUGAUGGAAUCGUUCCUCCUCGAAGCCCAGAACUACCUGCAGGUCAAAGGGGACAAGGUAGAGAGCUACCACUGCUACAGCCUGCAGGAAUUCACACCUCCGCUGGGGAGAUACGAUGUCAUCUGGAUUCAGUGGGUCUCUGGGUACCUGACCGAUAAAGACCUUCUUGCGUUUCUUUCCCGGUGCCGAGACGGCCUGAAAGAAAACGGCGUCAUCAUACUGAAGGACAAUGUGGCUCGGGAGGGCUGUAUCUUCGAUCUCUCUGACAGCAGUGUGACUCGGGACAUGGACAUCUUCCAGAGCCUCAUUAGGAAGAGUGGGCUGGUGGUUCUGGGCCAGGAGAAGCAGGACGGCUUUCCAGAGCAGUGCUUCCCGGUGUGGAUGUUCGCACUGCACAGCGUGGACACUCCUGGCCAGCAGUGGGAAUGAACGACUGGACUGCAUAGUGGUGCUUUGGGACAGAGAUGCUGUCCUCUGAAGUGCCGCUUAUAGUUCAUGGAGGGAUGGAGAGAAGGGAUGCAAUGCAUGUCUGGAAAUAGUUGAUGUAGUAUGUACAAGUUUCCACUAAUCAUUAAAGUACAUGCACACACUCUGGAUUUUCCAAAAGAUAAAUGGAGUGAAACAUCAGGGAAAAAUUUUUAAGAAACUGCUUAUAUACAGCCAAAAUGUACAAGGGUGCACAAAAACAGAAGAGGGAGCAGUGCUCACAAAUUCUAAACUGCCUUGGUCCCUGAAGGUUUGCAUUACAGAGUAUUGCAGGAUGGGUGGGGUAAAGUCUAGACUCCCUUCCUCUGCCCUCCUGCUAGAUACAUUAUACUUCCUUCCUCUUUGGAGCUACUACUUCUCUUUGACAAAAAUCUCCUCCUAAUUAAGAAGGCACCAGUCAAAAUAAUCUUAUGAAAACAUGUCCAUUACUUAAUUUUGUCUUUAGCCUUUCUCUUAACAGAAAAAGUAUAUGGUUUCACUUUCUGUUUCAGGUCACUUUCACCACCCAGAGAUGUACUAUGGAUGUAAUUUGAUAACAGAAGUCUGCAUUUCAGUGAUGGGGAAGUGUCUCCUUUUAGGAGAAAGUGUUGUACCCUUGAAAUUUCAGCUGUGAACAUAUAAGUAAAUGUCAUUGAUAAUCUAAUUUUAGCCAUUGGCUUCCAACACUGCUCGCUUCACUGCAGCUGCUCCUGUUUCCUUGAUUGAUGCGAAUGUACGGUGGAAAGAGAAGGGAAAUCAUAAACCUGAAAAGUAAAAUAGCUGGAUUAAUUUAAGGCAUUAGUUUAAUUAAAAAUAAUCUAAAAUCUUUCAAAAGCAAAAUGUAAUUUAAUUUUUAUUAGAAUGUUUAAAAAUAACUGCUAUUGUCUUUAAAACACUCUAAUGUCUUCAUG